AUGCGGAUAUCAUCUCUUCCAGUGUUUCUCCUUCCAACACUUGCUGCCAGCCGCAUCUGCCACUCCCAACCACAACCCGCAAGUUCUCCUUCAACCGCGACAAUACCGAGCCCCACGGCCACGUCAAUAUCAAAUUCGGGUAUACCAGCGCCAGAGCCGACUUCAACCCCUGCUGUCGCGGAGAAUCUCGAUCUCCGCGAAAUCGUCGCCGACCCCAAUGCCGUCCAGCCCACAUCCCAACCCCUUGCCACCGCAGCCGCCGUAGAGCAACUCUCCCUAACCGUGCAAUGGGUGGAGACAGUUGUGAACGGCGUAAAAACCUGGGUCCCUGUCACCGCGACUUUCAAGUUCGAAGCCGUACCUUCGCAGGCUCCGGGGCCAGGCAAAGGCAUUGUUGGUAUGGGGACGUUGACAGGAGUAGUAGGAGUCACUAAGACAGUGAAGGAGGGCGCGGCGCCGACGACUGGACCUGGCUGGAAAGGAAUUGGUGCGGCAUUAGGCAUGGGAUUGGCUGGGUUGGUUGUUUGA